CUUCCGAUUUUUGCUACAGUCCCUCUCCUGUUCAACCCCGUAGGUAUAGUGAUGGAGUCCCAGGUGCGUCAGAACUUCUAUUCAGAGUGUGAGGCUGCGAUUAACUGCAUGGUGAAUAUGGAGCUGUAUGCUAGCUAUGUCUAUUUGUCCAUGUCCUACUACUUUGACCGUGAUGAUGUUGCCCUGAGGCACAUGGCCCAGUUCCUGAAGGAGCAGUCCUAUGAGGAAAGGAAGCAUGCAGAGAGGUUUCUGACCUACCAAAACAAGCGAGGGGGGCGUGUUGUCCUGCAGGACAUCAAGAAGCCAGAGCAGGAUGAGUGGGGGAACAGCCUGGAGGCCCUGCAGUGCGCCCUGCAGCUGGAGAAGACUGUGAACCAAGCCCUGCUGGACCUGCACAAGCUGGCUAUGGAGAAGAAUGACCCUCAUUUAUGUGACUUCCUGGAGUCUGAGUACCUGGAGGAGCAGGUGAAGGCCAUCAAGCAGCUGGGAGACCACCUCACCAACCUGAAGCGCGUGGGAGUGCCUCAGAAUGGCAUGGGAGAGUACCUAUUUGAUAAGCACACCCUGGGGGAGAGCAGCUGAACUACCCACUUUGGGCUCUUUUCCAGAGGAGAGAAGCUGUAUCAAUGACCAUCUAAAGUCUGAGAAUAAAAUUGACUAACCCAUUAAA